UAGAUCAGUACGUAGAAAACAAACCCAACCCAGCCGUACGUUCUUCAACAUGCGAUCUGCUUACCAUCUGAUGCCUCUGCUAGCCAUGCUACUCAUCCUCGUCCUUGCUGACCAUACAAGCUCCACGGAAGCAGUAGCACCGGCUGCGUGCCUCCCAGACCAGGCAGCGGCGCUGCUCCAGCUGAAACGCUCCUUCAACGCCACCAUCGGUGACUACUCUGCCGCCUUCCGGUCAUGGGUUGCCGUUGCCGGCGCAGACUGUUGCAGCUGGGACGGCGUCCGGUGCGGCGGCGCCGGCGGCCGUGUCACCUCGCUCGACCUGAGCCACCGUGAUUUGCAAGCCGCCUCAGGUCUUGACGACGCACUCUUCAGCCUAACCUCGCUAGAAUACCUUGACCUCUCUUCCAACGACUUCGGCAAGUCCCAGAUGCCAGCCACAGGGUUCGAGAAGCUCACCGGGCUCACCCAUCUUGACCUCUCCAACACAAACUUCGCCGGCCUGGUACCUGCCGGCAUCGGCCGCCUCACCAGACUCUCCUACCUUGACCUGUCGACAACAUUUUUUGUAGAGGAGUUGGACGACGAGUACAGCAUCACGUACUACUACUCGGACACAAUGGCACAGCUCUCGGAGUCGAGCUUGGAGACCUUGCUCGCAAACCUCACCAACCUGGAGGAGCUUCGCCUGGGCAUGGUGGUGGUGAAGAACAUGUCGAGCAACGGCACUGCACGGUGGUGCGACGCCAUGGCCAGGUCCUCCCCGAAGCUGAGGGUCAUUAGCAUGCCGUACUGCUCACUCUCCGGUCCCAUUUGCCACUCACUCUCAGCCUUGCGAUCACUUGCAGUGAUAGAGCUGCACUACAAUCAUUUAUCUGGUCCAGUUCCUGGGUUCUUGGCUACUCUCUCCAACCUAAGUGUCCUUCAGCUUUCAAACAACAAGUUUGAGGGAUGGUUCCCUCCCAUCAUCUUCCAGCACGAGAAAUUAACAACUAUUAACCUCACCAAAAAUCUUGGAAUCUCCGGAAAUUUGCCUAAUUUCUCAGGUGAGAGUGUCUUACAGAGUAUAUCUGUCAGCAACACCAACUUCUCCGGCACAAUUCCAAGUUCUAUCAGCAACCUCAAAUCUCUGAAGAAGUUGGCUCUUGGAGCUAGUGGUUUCUCUGGAGUGCUGCCAUCCUCCAUCGGUACUGGAUCCUUCAUAUACUAGAUACGGGAAUAACUGUCAAUUUACAAGUUUGCGGAUUGCCGACAUAGCCUCAAACAACUUCAGUGGCACGUUGCCAGAAGAGUGGUUUAAGAUGCUUAGGUCUAUGAUGUCCAGC